AUGAUGAAGAGGAAAAACAUAGUUGUAUAUCUUCCGGAGGAUUUGUUGGUAGAGAUACUCUAUAGGGUUCCGGAGGCUUCUCUGGCACGGUUCCGAUCUACUUCAAAAGAAUGGAACGCUCUUAUUAAAAAUAAUGAAAGACUUGCAAAGAAGUCUAAGAUCAUCAUGUUGAUUGAUUUUAGGGUUUAUUUAGCGACAAUUGAUGUUUACGACAACAACAUUGUAAAGUUAACAAGUCACUUAAGUCUCAAAGAUCCUCGUUCUACCUCUGCUGAAGAAGUCAUAUACUCGAAGUAUUUCACUGCGACGGCUAAUUGCUAUGCACAACAGAUGAUAAUAGACUGGAAAUCUAAUUACUAUGCUCUCGGUAAAUCCUCUAGCAACAAGUACAAAAUCUUGAGGAUACGUCAACAUGGAAAUGUUUUUGAGGCAGAUAUUGUUGAGUACGAAAUCUAUGACUUUACCUCUAAUUCUUGGAGGGUUGUGGGUGAGACUAGGGAAUGGUCCAUUCCAUGGUUGAAGCAUUGUGGCAUAUCUGUGAAUGGAAAUACUUACUGGCUUGCCUUUAGUCAUAUUCAAUACUCGCAAAAGGAUAUCUUACUAAGUUUUGAUUUCUCAAUAGAGAGAUUCGAAAUUGUGUCUCUUCCAGUUGAUAAUUUUUCUUAUUUCUAUACGGCUUUAUCAGUUACUAGAGAAGAGCAAAAACUUUGUCUGUUAGCUAUGAGAGACGCGGGAAAAGGGCUAUCCGAAUUCGAUGUACAUGUAUGGAUGGCAACUAAGAUUGAGAGUACUGGAGCCAUAACAUGGAGGAAGUUCCUAACAGUGAAACAUUCUGUUUAUGACCGGUUUCUUAUGUUUUGUAAUGGGAUGAAUUUCUUGGCUGAUCGGGAGAAUAACAUAUUAAUGUGUCCCGGUAAACAAGCGAACUCUAAGAGCUUCUUACACAUUGUGGGAAAGGAUAAACAUUUAGAAGUGGAUCAUCAUGAAGCAGGAUCUAAAUGCGUAGUCGUUUGUUAUGUUCCAACUUCAGCUCAAAUCCAACAAGGUUCUUAG